UGGGGUGGUUCUGCGAAGGGAAGACAGACAGACACAGACAGAGAGAGAGAGAGGGCAGCAGAGGAGUGGAGGGGAAUGGAAUAGCUACGGGGCUAACGAGCGAGCGCCGGAUCGCCGACGUGUCAUCAUUCCGUCGGUUCCGCGAGGAUUGGCGAGCGAGGUUCCGGGAGAGGAGCAAACAGAGUUGAGGCGACCAUGGAAAUCCGGAUGCUGCAGCGACUGAUCCUGGCGGUGGUGCUGGUGGUGCCCAGGGCUACUCAGGGUCAGGAUUGUGACCCCCGAUCGCGCGACUCUUAUGGCGAUUGUCCACCCGAAAACUACUACCCGGAUGUCGAGCGCAGCCGAGAUCCAUACGACCACGUGGACAGAUAUUACGAAGAGGGACCCGAGCCUGAUCGCAGAGGCUGGGAAGGAACAGGGCAGGAGACGCACUCGGCAGGAGUGGGCGACGAUGGUGCCGGCAGCAGCAGCACGGGCGACUGCGUCCCGCUGAGGCUGGGCUACUGCGAGGACCUCCCGUACAGCGCGACGCGCUACCCCAACGCCCUGGGCCACACGUCGCCGCUGGACAGCGAGCGCAGCCCCGAGUACGUGCUCAUGAGCGUGCUCCCGCAGCUGCUCGACGGCGAGUGCCAGCCCCAGCUGCGUCUCUUCGCGUGCGCUGUGCUGGCGCCCAAGUGCGUGCCGCCGCCACCCGAGCCGCACCCGCUGGCGUGGGAAGGCGCCCCGCGCACCCGGUCGCGCGUGUUGAGGCCGUGCCGCGCCGUCUGCACCGACCUCCGGCGGAACUGCGAGCGCGCCUUCCGCCGCAUCCAGAUGCGCUGGCCCCACUACCUGGAGUGCGAGAAUCACACGGCGAGCGAGCGCGAGGAGGAGUGCGUGGACCCCACGGGCCGAGGAUUCUCCCUCGACGCUUUGCCGCACGGAGAGGAUUGGCCCGGCGCCGACGCGGGGAAUCGCGGCGCCGUGCUGAGGCACCGACGGCACGCGGAGAUGGCGCGGGCGCUGCGCCGGGCGGAGAAGUCGUGCGGUGGCGCCGCGAGGCUCUACAGCAUCGGCAAGAGCUUCGAGAACCGGGACCUCCUCGUCAUCGAGCUGUCGGAAAACCCGGGCAAGCACGAGCUGCUGGAGCCGGAGGUUCGCCUCGUGGGGAACAUCCACGGGAACGAGGUGCUGGGCCGCGAGCUGCUCGUCGCGCUCGUGCAGCACCUGUGCGCUCGCCUCGAGGAGGGAGACGCGCGCGUCCGCCGCCUGCUCAACUCCACGCGGCUCCACAUCCUCCCCGCCAUGAACCCCGACGGAUACGAGCUCGCCGCCGACUCCAUCGAGGAGGAUCGGCAGGCCAUCCAGGGCAGGAACAACAUGCAGAACAUCGACCUGAACCGCAACUUCCCCGACCUGACGAGCGGCGUUCUGCGCCGGCCUAAGCGCCGCACGCAGCCUCUGCCCGUGCCUGACCAGUACUGGGAUGGCAAGGUUGCGCCUGAGACGCGUGCGGUGAUCGACUGGAUGGAGGAGUUCCCCUUCGUGCUGGCGGGGAACCUGCACGGCGGGGAGCUGCUCGUGCGCUACCCGUACGACGCGUCGCUCAUGGGCGAGAAGUUCUACUCCGCCACGCCCGAAGACCAGAUGUUCCGGCUGCUGGCGCGCACGUACGCAGAGGCUCACCCGCUGAUGUCCGACAAGCACAAGGCCCCGUGCCCCGGGGAGACCGGGGCACCCUCCGGCGGAAUCGUGAACGGAGCCGAGUGGUACAGCUUCCGCGGAGGGAUGCCGGACUUCAGCUACCUGCACUCGGGAUGCCUGGAGCUGACCCUCGAGCUGGGCUGCGUGAAGUUCCCGAGCGGGGAGGACCUUCCCAUCGAGUGGGCGCACAACCGCGAGGCGCUGCUCACCUUCGUGGAGGCGGUCCACCAGGGCAUCAAGGGCGUCGUGCGGGACGAGCGCGGUGCCGGGAUUGGAGGCGCCCGCAUCUCCAUCAAGGGGAACCUACGCGACACCGUCACAGCUCCGAGCGGUGAAUUUUGGCGGCUGUUGCCUCCGGGCAGCUACAUCGUGCGAGCGUCCCGGGCGGGCUACCGCGCCGUGGUGAAGCGCGUCCGCCUCCCCGCGCGCCUCCAGACGCCCGGCCGCGUCGACUUCAAGCUGCAGCGCCAACCCGGCACCACCGCCAGCCCCGCAGAGCCACACGGCGCGAGGAGGAGGGGCGGACUGAGCAGGGGUCGCGGCCGCGGCCAGGGCCGCUCCAGGAACAACGGCGAGGAUGAGGAGGAUGAGAAGCCGAGGUGGUGGGCGUACUUUCAGUCCAUGGGUAUCCAGCCACCGCCGUGGAUGAUGGUAUCCCCAGACGACGAUUACUGAGGUGGUCGUGAAUCGGCGAUUGGAAAUAUAUUGGCACGCACGCGAUUAAAGUGGGAAGAUUGUGCUUUAAAAAAAAAGUUACGAUCGGCUUGUGUUCAGGUACGAGGUGGGUUGUCAUAUCCUAUUUUAAGAUGGCAGCAAAAUUUGUAACUUUUCAUUAACCAGUGGAUUGACGACUGAUAAUACACAGUAAUGGGUUAGUGUCAAUGUUGCAGCCCACGGUGAUGCUACA